AGGCGGCUGCGGCACCUGCUUCCCCGCGCGCCGCGGAGCCUGGUCCCGGGCUGCCCCCGGAGCGGGCCAUGCCCCCGCGGGAGCUGAGCGAGGCCGAGUCGUCCCCGCUCCGGGCCCCGACCCCUCCCCCGCGGCGGGGCAGCGCGCCCCCGGAGCUGGGCAUCAAGUGCGUGCUGGUGGGCGACGGCGCCGUGGGCAAGAGCAGCCUCAUCGUCAGCUACACCUGCAAUGGGUACCCCGCACGCUACCGGCCCACAGCGCUGGACACCUUCUCCGUGCAAGUCCUGGUGGAUGGAGCGCCGGUGCGCAUUGAGCUCUGGGACACAGCGGGACAGGAGGAUUUCGACCGCCUUCGCUCCCUCUGCUACCCGGAUACCGAUGUCUUCCUGGCCUGCUUUAGCGUGGUGCAGCCCAGCUCUUUCCAGAACAUCACAGAGAAAUGGCUGCCCGAGAUCCGCACUCACAACCCCCAGGCACCCGUGCUACUGGUGGGUACCCAGGCUGACCUGAGGGACGAUGUCAAUGUACUGAUUCAGCUGGACCAGGGGGGCCGGGAGGGCCCGGUGCCUCAACCCCAGGCGCAGGGUCUAGCCGAGAAAAUCCGGGCCUCCUGCUACCUCGAGUGCUCUGCCUUGACUCAGAAGAACCUGAAAGAGGUGUUUGACUCGGCUAUUCUUAGUGCCAUUGAGCACAAAGCCCGGCUGGAGAAGAAACUGAACGCCAAAGGUGUGCGAACUCUCUCCCGCUGCCGUUGGAAGAAGUUCUUUUGCUUUGUUUGAACAGCCGUGGCAGCUAGGGAGUGGUAGGCCUAAGACCACAGACUUCUGGAAACUGGGGUACCUCCCGGGAUCUUUGAGGGGGAUACUGGCAGGACCAGACCACUCCAGGGGACCCAGUUCCAUCUGAACGCUGUGAGGACACAGGCCUCUAACUGCCCACUCUAAUAGGUGAGGGUGGGGCCAGGCUCUGAUUUGGAUUUCCGUGGUCAAGGCUCACAGAGAAAUCCCAGCACUUUGAUUCUCAUGGGGGUGGUCCUAACAGUGUCGGCCACCUCCAAACAGUUUGGGAUCCAAUUCCCAAUUUCUUAUCAUGAGCCCUCAGGUCGGCCCUGGCUGAAUUAGGACCCCUAAUUCAAGGGGUCCCCACCUUGGUGCAGGGUGGGGAGGAAGGGCCUGGCAAAAAGCCAGGCAUUUUGGAGGGCAGGAGGGGGUCCAGUCCUGAUUUGGAGAAAAGUGUGGGAUGGACAGGGUGAGACAGAGGUCAAGGAGAAACAGAGGGAGCAGAAAGUAAGGCCUUGGAGGCAGGCUGGUGAGGAGGCAGGACAGAGGGCUAGGUUUGGAAGGAAGAGCAAGGAGAGCAGAAAAGUGGGGCAGCUGAGGAGCAAGGCCGACACCUGGGCUGCCCUCUGCCCCCAGGGCCUGGGAGGGCGGGGCCGGUCCCUGGGAAGAACUGGGACUCAGGGCUCCCUAGGCACUGCCCAAACUGGCUGGGCCAGGAGCUGGGCAGGAAGUGAGAGGCAAGGCCCAGCAAGAGGAAGGGGGGGGAAGAGCAGCGACCUAGGGCCUGGAUGAAGAAGGGGCUGGGGUCACCUCUUUCUCCAAGGCCACGGCCUAAAAGAUAGAGCAGUACAGAGUCUACAAAUAAAGCCUUAAGUUACUGAA